AUGGCCUCCCCACUUUUCACUACUUCCUACUCUUCUUACAAAAGUCCACAUUACAUUCAUUGUUCUUGUCUCUCCAGCCACCCAUUCGGGCAAAAGACUCGCCUCUCAUUCCCUCUCUCCUCCAAACCCAACUCCAAAAGACUCAUCAAGUUUUCUGUCAAAGCUGAGCAAGAAAAUGAACCCUUAUCUUCCCCUUCUGUUGCUGUAAUUUCAGAGAAACCCCAAAACGAGGACACCCAGAAGAAAGAUUUGUCUGUAGAAGGUGAAUUGAGUACUGAUUCAGAGUCCCAGGAUAAAGAGCAACUGCAAGAACUGGAUUGGAAAACAGAUGAGGAGUUCAAGAAAUUCAUGGGGAAUCCUUCGAUUGAGGCAGCAAUAAAGCUUGAAAAGAAGAGGGCUGAUAGGAAGCUCAAAGAGCUUGAUAGAGAAAGAAGUGAUAACCCAAUUGUGGGGUUCUUUAAUUGGGUGGUUCGUGACAAUUUGUCUAGAGAGAAAGAGAGAUUGGAGAAAGCAGAGGAGACUUUCAAGGCUCUUGAUCUUAACAAGUUAAAGAGCUGUUUUGGGUUUGAUACAUUUUUUGCGACCGAUGUCAGGAGAUUUGGAGAUGGGGGAAUUUUUAUUGGGAAUUUGAGGAAACCCAUUGAAGAGGCAAUACCCAAAUUGGAGAACAAGCUAUCAGAAUCAGCAGGAAGGGAGGUGGUAGUGUGGUUGAUGGAGGAAAAAAAUAAUGACAUUACAAAACAGGUUUGUAUGGUGCAACCAAAAGCAGAGAUGGAUCUCCAGUUCGAGUUAACCAAGCUAAGCACUCCUUGGGGCUAUACUAGUGCAGUCUUGUUAUGUAUUACAACAUUUGGGACGAUUGCUUUGAUGAGUGGCUUCUUCCUCAAGCCUGAUGCCACAUUUGAUGACUACAUAGCUGAUGUUGUGCCUCUCUUUGGCGGCUUCCUAACCAUUUUGGGAGUUUCUGAGAUAGCGACAAGGGUAACAGCAUCUCGUUAUGGUGUUAAGCUCAGUCCAUCCUUUCUUGUUCCCUCCAAUUGGACUGGGUGCUUGGGAGUGAUGAAUAACUAUGAGUCUCUGCUGCCAAAUAAGAAGGCUCUUUUUGACAUUCCUGUUGCCCGUACAGCAAGUGCGUAUUUGACAUCACUAGUACUUGCAGUUGCUGCUUUUGUUGCUGAUGGCAGCUUCAAUGGGGGUGACAAUGCAUUGUAUAUAAGGCCUCAAUUCUUUUACAAUAAUCCUCUACUGUCUUUUAUCCAAUUUGUUAUCGGGCCAUACACGGAUGAUCUUGGGAAUGUGUUGCCAUAUGCGGUUGAAGGCGUGGGAGUACCUGUUGAUCCCCUUGCUUUUGCUGGACUGUUAGGAAUGGUGGUGACUUCUUUGAACUUGCUGCCAUGUGGUAGACUUGAAGGAGGCCGCAUUGCACAAGCUAUGUUCGGUAGGAGCACUGCUACUUUGUUAUCGUUUGCCACUUCACUACUCCUAGGCAUUGGUGGUUUGAGUGGAAGCGUUCUCUGUUUGGCAUGGGGACUUUUUGCAACCUUCUUUCGAGGUGGAGAAGAAGUACCUGCAAAAGAUGAGAUCACCCCAUUGGGAGAUGACAGGUAUGCUUGGGGUAUUGUGCUCUUCCUCAUAUGUUUCCUUACUCUAUUUCCAAAUGGAGGAGGAACAUUCUCCAGCCCUUUUUUCAGUGACCCAUAUUUCAGGGGCGAUUUGUAAAUAGAGUUGAGGCAUUGCUCUAUGUAUAAUCUCUUCUAUGCUUCAGUGAAUUGAUGGCUGUAAUUUUUAGUUCUAAUCAAUACAAGAAAAUGAAAAGAAAAGUUAUAGAAAAGGAGAAUAGUAGAGUUCCAUUUGCAAGUUUCUGUACGGAAAUGUAGGCUUUUGUUGGAUCAUAGUUUCAGCUGAUUCUAUAGGCAAGUGGGGGAGUUCUUACCUUGUUUCGGUGAAGACGCAAUCUGAC